AGAAAGACUUGAGUGAUUAUAUCAUAUAAUUUAUAAGGACCUUGCCGGGUAUGCAUAGAUCAGGCGUUUGCUCCCUACCUUAUAUAUAUAUAUAUAUAUAUAUUGGAGGUGUUUCUGGGAACCAGUAAGGAGAACUGAGCAAAUCCAGUCAUAGUGUUUAUCAGUUUUUCUUUUCUUUCUUUCUGUGCAAAAUGAUCUUCAACGAUGAUGAUAAGAUUCUUAUCCCUCAAGACUCAGGGCCAAGACCAACACCAAUCGUAGUAGGAAGAGUACAGCUAAUAAGCAGAAACAAUAAUACGGCACCACUUCAAGAAAGCAAAUUCAAGGUGAUGCUGGAGCUCACGGGUGGAGAUUCCAGCAAUGACAGACCCGGAUUGGAUCUUGUGGCAGUAUUAGAUGUCAGUGGAAGCAUGGCAGGGGACAAGAUAGAAAAAGUGAAAACUGCCAUGCUAUUUGUGAUCAAGAAACUUAGUCCCAUCGAUCGAUUGUCGGUUGUCACAUUCUCUGCAGAUGCUAAUAGGCUGUGCCCGUUGCGCCAGAUAACUGAAAAUUCUCAGAAGGACCUUGAAAAGUUGAUCAAUGGCUUAAAUGCAGACGGUGCAACCAACAUCACUGCUGGCCUUCAAACUGGCUUAAAAGUGCUCAGUGACCGUAGUCUUAGCGGCGGGCGUGUAGUUGGCAUCAUGCUUAUGUCCGAUGGUGAGCAGAAUGCCGGUGGUGAUGCUGCCCAAGUCCCAGUCGGCAAUGUUCCCGUAUACACUUUCGGUUUUGGCAUAAAUCACGAACCAAGGGUGCUCAAGGCUAUUGCGCAUAACAGUAUAGGAGGAACGUUCUCGGAUGUUCAAGACACAAACAACUUGAGCAAAGCUUUUUCCCAGUGUUUGGCUGGGCUUCUCACAGUGGUUGUUCAGGACCUUAAGCUUACAGUCACACGAUGCAAAGAUGAAUCAACAAUAGAGCAGGUGUCUGCCGGAAGCUAUCCACAAUUCAAGGAUGAUGAUGCUGGCUCUGUAACUGUUACCUUUGGUGAUCUCUACAGCAAAGAGGUGCGCACAGUCAUAGUGGACCUUCUUCUCCCAGAGGUUAGUAAGGAGCGGGGCGCAGAAGUUCUUGAAAUCACUUACUUAUAUAGCACUGGGGGGAAACUGUUUGAAGCCCCUCCUGCGAUUAUUAAUGUACGCCGCUCCGGGAUGUCACCAGAUCAACAAGAGAUGCCAGAGGUGUUAACCGAGGAGACCCGUCUCCGGACUGCAAGAAUGAUAAAAGAAGCAAGAGUCAUGGCUGAUGACAGUAAACUAGACGAUGCUCGAGACAAGCUGGUUGAAGCACAGAACUUGUUAGAGGAUGUGCUUGAUGAGUCCAACCCAUUAGUUGAGAUGCUCAGAUCAGAACUGCAACAGCUCUUGAAAUUGAUGAAAUCACAAGAAAUAUAUGAAAAGCAAGGGCGUCCUUUUGCACUCUCUUCUGAGACUUGCCAUGAUCGCCAGCGUUUUGCUUCAAGAGGGGAUGUGGAAAGCCUGAGAUUAUAUGCCACUCCACGUAUGGACAAAUACCUUGAGCAAGCCAAGUCAUUUGAGGAAGAUCCUAGCAAGCCGUUGCCCUCAGUCGAUGAAGAUGUGAAGGAAGAACUCGCUGCCAACCCCAUUGCUCCUAUCGCUGGAGCUAUUACCUUCUAUAUUCAUGCGGCCAUUCAGUCUCUCCAAGCCAUUGAAAAAGUUAUCAACAGAGGUCUUUAAUUUCAACUUGCCAUCUCCAAAUUACGUUUUGCUUGGCGCGUCAAUAAGUUUAGACCAUUGUGUAUGCUACCUUAGCCAAACUCAGUGGUGCUUUAUGUGUGGUUUUUCUUUGUAUGUUUUCGCAUUAUUAGCCUUUGAAUGCAAAUCAAUUAAUGAGAAAUAAAUUAUUCUGUGGAA